AUGUUCGGCGCAGUAAGAAGAUGCCCAGCAACCCUCUCGAGGAGUCUGGCAGCAAUCUCAACCAGGACACUUCGCACCCCUCUCACUCAGACUUCCGGUCUUCUUAGGAUACCGCUGCAGUCGUCGCGCCUCGCCAACGGUGCCAUUGCCGGCUUCCAUCACAGCGCAAAGUGGCAACAGAUUGCGGCACAAGAGGCGGAACAGAGUGAACAGCAAAAUGAACUCGUCACAGAGUUCCAGGAUCUCGCCACUCGAGGACUCGUUCAUCCCAAUGUUAUAAACACCAUCACGAAAAAGAUGAAACUUACGACCAUGACGGACGUGCAGAGCAGGACCAUCAAUGAGGCGUUGAGCGGGGUGGACAUCAUUGCACAGGCAAAGACUGGUACCGGUAAAACACUUGGUUUCCUCAUUCCCAUCGUCCAGCGAAUCAUCCAAAGCGACCCCAAACUCGGCGAGAAGCCUAAAGGCUACAAGCGCGCCAGACCCGACGAUAUCAGGGCCAUUGUCAUCUCUCCUACCCGCGAGCUUGCCGAACAAAUUGCGGUUGAGGCCAAUAAGGUAGUCUCUGGCACUGGUAUUGUCGUCCAGGUUGCAGUCGGAGGUACACAGAAAAGAUCCAUGCUUCUGAAGACACAGCGUGAAGGAUGCCAUCUCAUGAUUGCGACGCCAGGACGACUAUACGAUAUCCUGUCUGAUGAGUACUCUCGCAUUGCUGCACCAAAGCUGAAUGCGCUGGUCAUGGAUGAGGCGGAUCGCCUGAUGGACGAUGGCUUCCAAAAGGAGAUUGACGACAUCAAGACGCUUCUUCCUGACCCCGCAGAGGUCGAGCGCCAAAAUCUCAUGUUCUCUGCCACGAUCCCUCGCGAUGUCGUCAAUCUGGUUCGCCAGACGAUGCGUCCUGGCUUCCACUUCGCCAAGUGUGUCAAUGAAGAUGAGGAGCCCACACACGAGCGCAUUCCUCAAAAAAUGGUCUUGGUGGCUGGCUUUGAGAACACCAUUCCUGCUCUCUACGAACUCAUUCUUCAGCAGCACCAGAAGGCUCAGGCCAGUGGUGGCCGCCCAUUUAAGGCCAUUGUCUACUUCAACAGCACAGCCGAAGUCACGCUCGCGUCAUCGGUAUUCUACAAGCUCAGCGGCGGCUUCAAGCGCAACUCUCCUCUAUCCGGCCUCCGUGGAUUUGAAAUUCACUCCAAGCUCACUCAAAUGCAGCGAACAAGGGCAGCUGACGACUUCCGCUUCGCCAAGUCAGGCAUUCUCUUCUCAUCCGACGUAACCGCACGUGGUAUGGACUUCCCAGAAGUCACGCACGUCAUCCAAAUGGGACUCCCUCGCGAACGCGAGUCGUACAUUCACCGUCUGGGUCGUACCGGUCGUGCUGGCAAGGAGGGCGAGGGAUGGCUCAUCCUGACUCCUUUUGAGAAGCAAGAAGUCCAGCGCCGUCUCCGUGGCCUGCCUCUUGUCGAUGCAACACACGAACUCGAGACUGCCACUGUUGACAUGAGCCAGCCUGCUGAGGUCCCGGAGAACAUUGGCAAGAUUCUAUCUGACUGCGUAGAGGCACACAAGAGGGUCUACCCUGACCAUCUUGAUGCAGCGUUCCGCGGUCUGUUUGGAAGCUACCAGUGGUUCGGUGAUAAGCGAAGCCUGAUUGAGGGUGCCAACCGUUUGGCAGAGUUUGGAUGGGGAAUGGAGACUCCACCUCCACCACCGGCUUUCAUCAUGGCUAACCAGAAGCGAUCUGGCGGCGGCGGUGGCCGUAGCGGUGGAUUCGGAGGUAGAUCUGGAGGCGGCUUUGGCGGUGACAGGAGGGGUGGAGGCGGCUUCGGUGGUGACAGGAGAAGCGGUGGCUUUGGCGGCGAUCGAAGAGGUGGAGGUGGUUUUGGAGGAGACCGUGGAGGAUUCGGGGGAGACCGCAGGGGUGGAGGCGGCUUCGGAGGCGACCGUGGAGGAUUUGGCGGUGACAGGAGAGGCGGGGGUGGCUUUGGAGGUGACAGGAAAGGAGGCGGUGGCUUUGGAGGUGACAGGAGAGGAGGCGGUGGCGGCUUCGGUGACCGCCCCAGAAGGGAACCUCGACUUGACUUUUAA